CAGACCCAAUGCUAGGAGAUAGAGACUUGUUGUUGACUGCCCAAACAGCAGAGAACCACUUAGGCUGAUCUUAGCAGGGAGGAAGUCAGUUAACAGGCUGGAUGUUCAGACACGGAGGAUUUAUGAUCAUAAUCUUCACACUCUUGUAACUCAUCUGUACGUUUGAUCAAUAUCACUGUGCUGUAGCGUUUCAUGUUUUUACCAGUAUAUAGAAACGGCAUUGGGGGUGGUUUUGGUCUGGUCUGGUCAACUUCCUGCCUGCCUGUGUGUCCAGAGGAGCUUUCCCAUGUCCCCCUGGUUCACCUGGCUGACACAGGCCAUUCCCCUGCUACUGCCCUGGCUGGUCAGGGUUGGGGUAGCGAUGGCUCAGGCAACUGUGUGUUCACGGUGGGACCAUUCGGUCGGUCUGGAUGACCUUGGUCUAUCCCAGGAAGGUGAUGUGGUGAUCGGGGCUGUCUUCCCUAUACAUAACCUCCCCCCUGCUCCAGACCUGAGCUUCAGCCAACACCCUAACCUGCAGUCCUGUGUCAAUUUCCAGGAGGAACCGUUGAGAUGGGUGCACGCACUGGUGUUUGCAGUGGAUGAGAUUAACCGUAACCCCUUCCUGCUGCCGGGAGUCCGGCUGGGCUACCGUGUCCUGGACAGCUGUGGUCAGCACCCCUGGAGCUUGCGAGGGGCACUGGCCUUGGUGUCAGGGGGGAGCCUUAGAUGUGAAUCUACAGAGCUUUCUAACCUCAAAUCAUGGCCAUCAAGCGACUCCCACGUUCCUCUGGUCAUUGGUGAUGCAUCGUCCACUCAGGCCAUCAUCCUGGCCAGGACCCUGGGGCCCCUCUCUGUGCCUGUGAUCAGUUACCAGGCCAGCUGUGGCUGUCUAAGUGACAGACAUGAGUUCCCUAACUUCUUCAGGACCAUCCCCAGUGAUGUCUACCAAGCCCUCACCAUGGCCCGGCUCACCAGGCUCUUGGGAUGGACCUGGGUCGGGGCUAUCGCUGCAGACAACGACUACGGUCGUCAGGCCAUACAGGUGUUUGAGGCGGCGGUUCGGGGGACGGGGGUCUGCCUGGCGUUCUUUGAGACCCUCAACCGGGCGAACCUGGUGAGGGAUGUGGAACGAGCAGCAGACACGGUCCAGGCCUCGACAGCACGGGUCAUCCUGGUCUUCCUCUGGUACACUGACAUAGGGGCGUUACUCCUGGAGCUGGGGAGGAGAAACGUGACGGACAGGCAGUUUCUGGCCAGUGAGGCAUGGAGCACCAGCGGACAACUGCUACGGAACCCCGCCCUCUUUAACGUCUCUCGGGGUGUAUUGGGUGUGGCUAUCCGUAGUGCACCUAUGCCUGGCUUUGAAGCCCACCUUCGAAGUCUCCACCCCUCUCGUCGCCCCGGAGACGUCCUGUUGAAGGAACUCUGGGAAACGGAGUUUGGGUGUAGCCCUGGAGCAGCACAUGGACACGACACGUCUCUGCUCCCCUCUCCCCUUCCUCCAACCCCCUCGGAGUCACUACCACAUCCCCCUCCUCCCACCUCCAGUUCCUCCCGUAUACGCCUGGCCUCCUGCAGUGGGGCAGAGACUCUGGAGAUGGUGCAGAGCCCUUUCACAGACACCUCUCAGCUGAGAGUAACCUAUAAUGUGUAUCUGGCUGUGUAUGCUGCAGCCCACGCCCUCCACAGCCUGCUGUCCUGCCCCCAGAAAGACAGCCCUUCCUGGGGUAACAGCUUCACCUGCUCCCCUCCUCACAAGAUCAGCCCAGCAGAGCUGUUGCAGCACCUGAACCAGGUUAACUUCACCACUCCACUUGGGGAGCCGUUUUACUUCCGGGGCGCGGAUGUCCCUGCUGUCUACGACCUUGUGAACUGGCAGGCCACGCCCCAGGGGUUGCUCAAACUUGUCACGAUUGGCCGAGUAGAAGGGUCCAAUAUCCUCAUCGACCAAUCAGCCAUCCAGUGGAACGCAGGAUCUAAUAUGGUGCCUGUGUCAGUGUGCAGUGACAGCUGUUCCCCAGGCACUCGUGUAGCCAGGAGGAAAGGGGAGCCUGUCUGCUGCUUCGACUGCAUCUCCUGUGCUGAGGGAGAGGUCAGCAACACCACAGGCUCUCUACAAUGUGACCGUUGUCCUCUGGAGUUCUGGUCCAACGGCAAUCGGACGGCCUGCAUCCCUCGUCAGCUCGAGUUCCUCUCCUUCAACGACACCAUGGGCGUCACUCUGACCACUGUUGCCGUGUGCGGCGCUGUGGCAACAGCGGCUGUGUUUAUGCUCUUUGUGUACCACCGCCACACCCCUCUGGUGCGGGCCAACAACUCAGAGCUGAGUUUCCUGCUUCUCCUGUCACUCAAGCUCUGCUUCCUGUGUUCGUUGGUGUUCAUUGGGCGUCCCUCGGUGUGGGCGUGUCAGAUCCGCCAGGCGGCGUUUGGGGUCAUCUUUGUGCUCUGUCUCUCCUGCCUCCUUGUCAAGACCAUCGUGGUUCUGGCUGCGUUCCGCUCAGCCAGGCCCGGUGCUGGGCAGCUGAUGAGGUGGUUUGGACCCGUUCAGCAGAGAGGGAGUGUCUUCCUCUUUACCAGUGUUCAGGUGAUCAUCUGCGCCGUGUGGUUGUCGAUAAGUCCUCCCCUGCCUUACCGUGACCUAGGCCUCAAGGGGUCUAAGGUCAUCCUGGAAUGUGAGAUGGGCUCUGUGGCCGGCUUCUCUCUGGUGCUGGGCUACAUAGGCUUGCUGGCCUCUCUCUGUCUCCUCUUAGCCUUCCUGGCCAGGAAACUCCCUGACAACUUCAACGAGGCCAAGUUUAUCACCUUCAGCAUGCUGAUCUUCUGUGCUGUAUGGAUCUCCUUCGUCCCUGCCUACGUCAGCUCUCCUGGGAUGUAUGCAGAUGCGGUGGAGAUAUUCGCCAUCUUAGCAUCCAGCUUUGGGCUGCUGUUCUGUCUGUUUGCUCCAAAGUGUUUCAUCAUCCUCCUGAGACCAGAGAGAAACACCAAGAAACACAUGAUGUCCAAAUAGAAACCACCCAGAAACACAUGAUGUCCAAUUAGAAACCACCCAGAAACACAUGAUGUCCAAAUAGAAACCACCCAGAAACACAUGAUGUCCAAUUAGAAACCACCAAGAAACACAUGAUGUCCAAUUAGAAACCACCAAGAAACACAUGAUGUCCAA